GACGCGGCAUUUAGGCUGUUUGCGUUAUACAUGGAGUUGGAGCUGUUAGGACUUGUGUGUAAUACUACUGCUUUUCUGUGCAGUGUAAUUUGUAUAUAUCAAGGGGAAUAAAUUUAGUCUGCAAACGUAUCAAGCGUCUAAUUCUAUGACACCUAGCAUCAUUUUUAUUUUAACAUGAAAUGUAUCCUUUAGAUUUAUGAUUGGUUUAUGGGUAGUUCCUCAAACGAGUUUAAAGAUGUAUGCGAAAAGAAUUGAUAACGUAUAGGAUGUAUGAAUAUUAAUGAGAUAUUGAACGUGCAUCAUUAUAUUCCAUGUUUUAUUUUCCUAUCAUUUAUUCAUGCAGUCUGAGCUAUCACCUCAUGAUCGUUCAUUACUAUUCUAGACCCACCAAGCGCUUGAUUAUGGCGCGCCCUUAUUAUCCUCCAUACACAAUCUUUUCCAAAUAUAUUUCCGUUUAUUGUAGUUCCUUUGAAUUAUUUCUCUCCACUUUUUGCUGUACGAAGUGUUGCAAUUUUUUGCAAAGUCCUGUAUCAAAAACCGAGCCAGUCACCUUUCCUAGCUUUUAUUUGUUUUCGGACUAUUACUUUAUCAUUUCAUAAGCGAGGUAGCAUUAAACUUAAAGAUAUGCAGGUAGGGGAAUUUUCAUUCUUCACUUUAUAAGAUAUCUGGAAUAUGUGGAGUAGAAUCAAAAAUAACAGAUGAUUUACAACUCAAAAUGUAUCGGUUGCAAAGCUCCUUGAAAAAUUGUAAUUAAUGCCUCCCUGGAAUUAUUUUUAAUCAUCUAGUCUUUCGAGAUGUUGCUGGAUCACCUCUUGGGACUUUUAAGCUACCCGAAGAGUCUUCCUUUAAACUUCUGUGAAUGACUGAGGUAGUAGAUGAUUAAGGAAACUAAUGCAGCUUAGUAAGAUGGGUUAAGUAAACGAUUCGGGUGAAUUAGUAGAAAUUAGCUAAAUUGAGUGAUGAGGAUAUACAUAUACUGCAAUCUUACCAUUGCUUCUAAACUACAAAAUCUUAAUUCCAACUAAUAACAAGGCGAAAAAGUUGUUAUUUCCAUAACAAUUUCCUUCACUGGGCUAUGUGUGCUUUCAAAGUUUUUCACACCAGUGUCUUCGUUAGGUUGAUCAUUUUAGAUAAGGCACUAAGAUAAGUACUAAGGAAUUUAAACUUAGGGUAUGAAACAAGGUAAGUAAGCCCAUGGAAAGAUAUAUAAAGUUUCAUUUAGGUCGCUAGUACAUGUGCUAUCUAUGUUGAACCACCGUCUUUCUAAGAAAGCAAUGUUAGGUGAAAUAGAAUUAAGUUGAAGGGAAUAGUAGUGGUUAGGCCACAAUAUUGCAUCAGUCCAUAAAGUUCCUAACUGUUAGGCUGAGUUGCAUGGCUAUAUUCUCCUGAAAGCUACUGACUAGUAGCCAGAAAUUCUUAGUGGGUUGUUUGAAAGUCGUUCACAGUGGCACAAAAGUAUACUCUGCUUGUCAUCUUCGACAUUGUGAGGGUUUUCACCUAUUUUAACUUGUAAUUUUCUUUUUUCUCUUAUGCUCGUUUGUUCUACUAUCAUUCUGUUUGCGUUGUCAUGUUUUUUGUGCUUUUGUGGUUUGUGGGGAAGUGAAUUGAUGCACGUGUGUGAAAUUCUACGUCGAUCCAUCAGUCAGAUGUAUCAUUGAACAUAAAGACUGACCUGAAUUCAAUUAUUCUACACCUUAUAAUAAGUUUUUGUUACGCAAUUUUACAUUUGUUCACCUUCCCUUAAUGUGCUGCAACAUAAUUUAUCACCUGUGCAGUAUUCCACUUUGACCUGCUUACCUUGUCCAUCUUACAUUUUACUCACUGUUUUCAGUGUAAAAUCACUAUCUUAUUUCACUGUAACAAUUUGAUUCAGGAUAUUUGUAUCUGACAAGAUCCACGAAAUAGAAUAAUUGUUUUUCCUGCUUAGAUGGCAAUAAAAUGGGUUAUAGGUAGUAAGGCUAGAAUUUCACUAAGUGUAGAUUUAUUUUUAUUGCACUAAUUUUUAACCUUUGUGUAUCAAAGGUAUCAUAAUCCCAGGUUACGUCAUAUCCGACCCUAUGUAUUUUACUUGAAUGGUUUGUACAUUUAGACGAGUUACAGGAAGUUCUAGUAAAUUAUACUCAUGAUAUUAAGUGUGAAUUUUCUCUCAUAGGGAAUGUCAACAAAAGGGAAAUCGCAAGAUGAAGUCGUUUCUAGUGAAGAGGUGAAAAAUCCAAAAACAAAUUCUUUUUAUGAUGAAGAGAACUCUGUGAAAUUGGAUGGAAGCGCUCAUGAUCUUCUGCAGUUCAGGGAAUACUGUGAAUUACUGCGGGAAACGAUAAGAACAACGUGGCAACGUAAAAAGUCACAAGAAAAAAUUUGCUCCUCACAAUUUGCUAGUCUGAUGAUGUCUUUAAAGGAAUUGAACAGAAGAACACAAUUUCGAAUUCGAAAGGCUCGAGAACUAACUCUAGAGAAUAAAAAUAAAGUGGAUCAGCUACAUUUGGGUCUGCAAAACCUUUUAUAUGAAGUCGCUCAUCUCGAAAAUGAAAUUCAAACUUGCUUAGAAUUCAGAUCUAGACAUGAAGAUAUAAAACUAAUUCCAGUAGAUGAAUUUUAUGAAAAAACAGGACGUAAAGUUGGAAGUUUGUCGGAACAUCAAGAAACAUUGGAACGUCUUUAUUGGGAACUUGAACAAAGAAAAGCUUUAUCUGAUUCUUGUGAUAAAUUAAAAAAUUCAGUUGAAUCUACAUCACAAACAAUUAAGAAUAAACGAAACUAUUUAGCAAGCUUUGGACCGAAAUUAAAAGAUGUCAUUGAGAGCACUUUAAUUGUGCAAGAGCUGAUGGAUUUACCAUUCACAAAAGAAAAUGAACAGUACAAAUUGGCCUUCCUUUUGCCGUCACCAUUGUAUAUCCUGUAUUCGGUUUUAAAGUCAUACAUAUCUAUGUCAGGGAAAAACUCAGAACUUUUUGUAUCUAUUGAUGGUGAUUCGGAACUGGCAAGAGCUGUUAAUCAGUCAUUGGAACAGUCAGACUUACAGUCUUCUCCACAAGAAGCUGAGGAUUCUGAUAUGGAAGACAGAGAAGGAAAUAAGAAGCGCAAAAAGAAGCGUCAUACAGGAGAAGAUUUAGAUGAGAUGGAUAAAGAAUCCACAACGGAGAAAACAAUUAAUCUACAUCCAUUAACAGUUUCUUUGACAGUUGGUAUUCCAAAAACAACAGAUAUACCAGUGAAUGAGAAUGGCUUUAGUGUAAAUUUGUCUUUUGCCUGGAUUCUGGAUUUGCAUUUAGUAACAGUUAGGUUACAGUUCCCACAAGAUAAAUCUACUCCACUUAUGCGAUCAAAAACCGGAAACGAUCUGCUUAAUUCUGAACAACUCUUGUCUAAUUUGUCAUGGUCUUGUGAUCAGUUUGGUUUUGGUGACUUUAGUUCUGAUAUGCCUAUUUUAUUCCUACCUGACUCACAAAAAUCUCUUUCAUGGAAUGCAUGUGAAUCUAUUGGACGACCAUAUUCCUGGGCUCAACAACUUUCAGGAAUAAAUUGCUUUCCAGAUCGGCUACCUGAUAAUAAAUCUGAUGAGCAGUCUUCAUCAUUGAAAUCUAGUGAAACCGAGCAUUUUGGUGAAAUUGAAACUUGGAUUAAAUCAAUUCAGUCACGUAUUAUUGAUAGAUUGUAUCUGAUUGAAGAACUUGCAGAAAUUGAACGCUCCAACUUGGUCUUAUCACCUGAACAACAGCAAUUAAUUCCUUCUGAAAUUGAUUUAGGUAUUAUUAAGUGGAAAAACUCAAACUAUGAUGCAUUACGGUCUGUUCCUCGUGCUCAGGUUAUGAUAGCUUUAAAUCUGGUUCGUCCCGAAGAUGCAAUUUUCCAAUGUUAUUUUGGAAAAAGUGAAAAUUCUUUUGUUAACGUUUGGGUUUGUAUCCCACCUCAAUAUCCGCACAAAGCUCCACUUUUAAUUGUUGAUGGAUUAAUUUCAUAUGUUGGUUCUGUCGGUUCACGAAAUACAGAAGAAAGUGUAACUGAUUUAUGUGAUCUUCAUGUUCAGGAAUUAGAAACUGAAGUCAAUUGUUAUUGGCAUGAAUUCUUUAUAGCGUCUUUAGAUCAAAAUGUUGGACUGGCAGUUGUCAAUCAUGUUGGAAAUCACAGUAGUAGUAAUAAUAGUGUUACAGACACUUCAUCAAAAGCUACUACUACCACUACUACUCAUAAUAAUAACGACAACAAUAGUCAGUGUACUGAGUUAAGUAAAUGGUGUCGUAAUAUAUUAUCAUGUCAGUUAGCUCGAUGUGCUUCUUGUAUUGAUGCUCUAUGUCGAGAUCAAAUUAUGUGGAGGAAUUCAUUGAAAUCAUCAAAUAAUAAUUCAUCUGUUCGUGGUGUCAAAUAUCCAACGAGAAGUCGGCCUCUUCGUUAUCUACCUACGCCAGGUGCUUUUGUUCAUCGUUAACACUCACUUGUGUAUGUGCGUUUUAAUACUGACUAUUUGGGUGUCAUUUUUUAUCCACCCUUUCGGAUAUUCUGUAUUUCCCUGUUACCCCACCUUUGUUGAUAAUUGAUGCAAAAUUGAAAAAAAGUACUUUUUAAUCAUAAGCCUUUUUAUUAACGUGUAAUGUACACGCUUAUUUGUACAGAACGCAUAAUCUGGAGAUGGCUAAUGUAAUGGUUUUUUAUAAAAAUUUUAGUUUUUUUCUCCUA